AUGAGAUCUGCUGGACCAUUGUCGCACCAGCAGUCUGCAGCAGCAAUGCUGUACAUGCUCACAGAAGUGCAUGAUGACUUCUCAACUAUUGGUCAGGGCGGCCUCUUCGUCGGCUACUUUGGCUUCCAGACUGGCAUGGCGUUUUUGAUGAAGCAAGUGCUGUCCAAAGUCCAGGUGGCCAAAGACCUCUUCGGAGUGCCAGCCCCUUUCUUCGUGGUCAGUACGCAGCAGACGGUGAGCUUCUGCAUCAUUCUGUCGAUCUUGGCAGGAAGCCGAUUGAUUGGUCGACCCCUUCGGAUAAAGAAAUUGGAGCUGAGCCGAGUGGGUCUGGUGCUAGCCUUGAGCCUUUGCUUUUCGCUGAACACGGGCUUCAACCUGCUGGCCAUGUCGCUGAUCCCACUGUCGCUCUUGAUGAUCAUCAGAGCGUGUUCGCCCAUCACCACUUCGCUCAU